AUGACGGAUGUAGAAGCAGUGGCAGGUGGGAAAGCUAAGUUGCCAUGCGACGUGGAACCACCGAUCUCGGGGGACAAGCUACAUCUAGUUAUUUGGUACAAGGACGAGUCAGACACACCAAUAUACAGUUUCGAUACGAGAGGACGUAGUACAAUGGAACAAGGAAAACAUUGGCAAAAUUUUAGUCUCGAUGGGCGUGCCUCCUUCCUUCAUUCCGAGGAACCAGCUAAGCUCGUGUUAGACAACGUUCGGGAGACCGAUGCUGCCAUUUACAGAUGCAGGGUCGAUUUCAAACAGUCACCUACGAGAAACAGCAAAGUCAAUUUUACGGUCAUCAUACCACCGGAACAACUUAGCAUAUUGGACGAAGGUGGAUCUCAUAUUCCUCAUUACAUUCUUGGCCCGUACAGCGAAGGAGCGUCUCUCAAUAUUACCUGCGUUGCCGCCGGUGGUCGACCACCGCCACGAGUGACGUGGUGGCAGGAGAAUGCCCUUUUGGACGACACUUAUGAGAACAUAGACACCAAAAGAGUACGGAAUAUUCUUAGACUUGAAAAACUCAAUCGUAAACACUUACAUACGAUUUUGACUUGUCAAGCAUCGAACAACAACAUGGUAGCACCGAUUUCCAGUUCGGUUACUCUCAACAUGAAUCUGAAGCCACUGUGGGUUCGUAUUCAAGGAGAAAACCGUGCAUUUAGUGCUGGUACCUUGUACGAGAUAGGAUGUGAGGUUGUCGGGGCCAGACCAACACCGAAAAUCACCUGGUCCAAGGGGAGCAUAACGCUUAGAAAUACACGACUAACGGUGAGUCCCGUCGGCAAUACGACGACGAGCAUACUAACUUUCAUGCCGAGCAUCGAAGACGCUGGAAAAUAUCUUUCCUGCAAGGCCAGCGUACCGGAUAUCCCGGAUUCAGAAAUGGAAACAGGAUGGAAACUCGACAUAUAUCACGAGCCCGUGGUUACCCUAGAAUUGGGGAGCAAUCUGAACUCGAGCGCAAUCCGAGAAGGAAUCGACGUUUACUUCGAAUGCAACAUCAAGUCGAAUCCUUGGGUUUACAAGGUCUCCUGGCGGCAUAACGGCAAUCCACUGUACCACAACACGGCAACUGGCACGAUAAUAAGUAAUCAGAGUCUGGUGCUUCAGAGCGUGACACGUAGCAGAGCCGGCAUCUAUACCUGCAUUGGUAGUAAUCAAGAAGGUGAUGGUGAGAGCAAUCCUCUCAAUUUAGACAUCAAAUACGCUCCAGUUUGCCAUAGUGGACAGACAAAGGUAUUCGGUGUAGCUCGACAAGAGACCACGAAGAUCCCCUGCGAGCUUGAGGCCAACCCUGCGGAAGUCUCGUUCACUUGGAAAUUCAAUAAUACGAUGGAAGCUGUCGACAUAGCCCAAGCACACGUCACAAGCGUCGGUACUCACUCGACAGCUUCCUAUACUCCCAUGACCGAACUGGACUAUGGUACUCUACUUUGUUGGGGCAGCAACGAUCAGGGCACUCAACUCGAGCCUUGCGUCUAUCAUAUCGUUCCAGCUGGACGUCCCGAUAUGCCACACAAUUGUUCGCUUCUGAAUCAAACGACAGAUUCAUUCUACGUUGAUUGCAUCGACGGUUUCGACGGUGGACUUCCUCAAAAAUUUAACAUCCAAGUAGAUCGAGAGAUAUCAUCGAGCGGUAGCAAAUCCAUAAAUACGAUCUACAAUCAAACCAGCAAGACUGCCACCUUCGCUGUAACUAAUCUCGAUCCUGGUACUACCUACGAAAUACAAAUUUAUGCUAGCAACACGAAGGGUAAAAGUGAGAUCGUACACUUUUCGGCCACAACAUUGAACUUGCCAGAAAGAAGAACAGCAGGUGAGAGACUGGCUCGACCGCCAUCCCCGGAGAAUUGCACAAUCAAAGAAGAAAGCAGGACUACGGUGAAGGUGAGCUGUGCGGAGAGCGAGUACUUCGACGAGAACACAGCUACCUAUGUUCUUCAAGUCUUCGAUGCAGACACGAGACAUCUUUUGGGUUCAGCGACCAGCUUGACUCCUAGAAUGCUUGAGGUGACGGAUCUACCAAUGGAAAGGAGCCACGCUGGACUCGUCCUCUCUCUGAGGGUUAUGACAGCGCAUGCUACCAGCGAUGCUACCGUUCUACACAGCCCUAACUUUGUUCAGGAGGGUAAAACACAGGAGCAUCAACGUUACCCAGCUUUGACUCCAGUGAUGCUGUCGUUAUCAGGUCCAUUGUUAGGUGCAGUAGUAGGUGCUACAGCUGGUCUUCUCUUAGUGAUAUUCGUGAUUGUUCUCGCUGUGAGACUGCGUUAUCGACCUCGUCCACAAGAGGACAAGGAUUCCCAUGACGAUGGUGGUAUGGCAAACCUUGCUGCUUCCGGUGGCACAGCAGCCUCAUCGCCACGAGACAAAUCAUCCGUUUUACCUCUCAGUGCUGACAGCAUCGAAAGUUUCGAGAAGGAUCCUGACAUAAUAUCACAUACCAAUGAAAGUUCUUACGCGGAAAUAUGUAAAGGUACUUCGCCACGUUACGUGAUACAACCAAAACGAACUGACGCCUCUACUUUUACAAACAACUUUUCUAUUCGACAGGGAUCGGAAUUGACAUACGCUGAGCUAUCACUUCGGAACAACAGACGAAUACCUCCAAAUUGUUAUCAGUCGGUACAGAUGUCGACCCUUCAGAGACCUCAAAUAUUACCAAUGUCAACUGUGAUACGAAGACAAGCGAUGCAACAAGAACCAACUAUCUACACCCAAGUAGCUGGCCAUUCGAAAUCCAUUUAUGUGCCACCACCACAUGCUUACAUGAAUCUAGGUGGCGACGAAUCGACGGUGGAAACUCCAUUGAUCGGACACGACAGUAAGAUCACAACAAUCAGCCAGUCAGGAAGCUCACUAUGGCGAAAUGAUACGCCUCCUCCCAUUAACGCACCAACAACAUGAUUUCGUGCGACCACGCUGAACAUGACUUGAUAUCGUGCUUGGUAUCGGUUUCUCAACAUACCCGAAAAAAGGACACACAUCGAAUUACGUACGCGUUGAACGUUCGGCUGCGUUCUAAAAAUGAUUUUAUAAAAAGGGUUUUAGACGCGCCUUAUUAUAGAGACAAAAAGACUCAUUCGACGACUACGACAAACGAUGAAAGUAAUGGAAAAAGCUAACCGUAGAAAAUGACAUUAAUAUAAUUUCACUUUUUUUACUUAUUUUAGUUUUUAUAACUAUCGAAAUUAAUAAAGAGAGAGAGAGAGAGAGGGAGAGAGAGGGAGAAAAGAAGAUACGCGUUCGUUCGAUAAAAAAUAGACAAUAGUAAUCUCAAUAUGGACGUCGGACGCCAUCUUUAUUUGUAAAAUAAUUAAGCCAAAUGUAAUUUAACUGCAUUAGAUUUUAUUUUAAAAUCAAACAUCGAAUAUUAUAAAA